CGGCUGUGCGUCCGAACGGAUCCUGAACGCACCACAGCCAGACUGUUGUCAAGAGAAACGCAGCUAACCCUCACCGAGCAGUUAAUAGCUUGAAAGCGAGGAUAAGUUUGAGUAUUUCUCUGUCUCUGCAACAUUAAGAAAAUGUUGGGGUGUAUCUGGCAGUAUGUCUACACAUCCUUCCUGAGAUACUGGCUGAAGUGGCUCAUCAGACAGGCAACAGGGAAAUGUGAGCUUCAGAGAAUAUGCUCCGGAUACAAGCCUGGGGCAACGAGGACAACAAAAGCAGAAUAUUCUCUUCGGUCAUCAAAGAACAAGGCUUUAAGAGGAGCUUUGGACACCAACAAAGAUCAAUUAGAGCAAUGUGUGGAUCAAAUUAUGAAAGUGAAGAAUGUCAAACCCCAGAAAGAUCCACUGUUCAAGGAAAGCCUUCAUGUCUGUCUGUUACAGAUUACAGGAUACAACAGCUUGUAUAUAUCUGUGGAAGACUUGAGAAAGGAAGUCUUCAGUUCUGAGAACCAAGAGCACGAGGCCACGCUGUUGAAGUUGUGGGACCUGUUGAUGCCUGAUGUCAAACUGGAAUCGAGGAUAACCAAACAGUGGGGAGACAUUGGAUUCCAAGGAGAUGACCCCAAGACUGACUUCAGAGGAAUGGGCAUGCUCGGCCUGAUCAACCUCGUUUUUUUCAGUGAAAACUACACAGAGGAGGCUCGUCAGGUGUUAUCCCACGCAAACCAUCCGAAACUUGGGUAUUCAUACGCCAUAGUUGGGAUCAACUUGACAGAGAUGGCCUACAGCCUCCUGAAGAGCGGCGCUUUGAAGCCUCACUUCUACAAUACAGUACUGGGCACACCUGAGCUCCAGCAUUUUCAUCAGCUCUACUGUUAUCUGGCAUACGAAUUUGAUAAAUUCUGGGUGGCAGAGGAGCCGGAAAGCAUCAUGCAGUUCAAUCAGUACCGAGAGAAAUUCCACGACAUCGUCAAGAUGCAUCUACAGGACCCCGAUGUAUCCCUCACGCUCACUGUCCGCUCUAAAAACUAACAAUAUUCAGAGAUAGCUGAUCCUCUGUGGCCUCUGACGUCGCUUCAGGCAGAAGAAGGCAAGAAGCAUAAAAGCGGACUGAAGCUGGUCGGUCAUAUUCCUCAAACAUUAAAACAAAAAAAAAAUCCUCUUAUAUUUGGUUUUGUGAUUCGUUAGUCAUUCUCUGUUUAUUUCUUCACAGUGAUAGUUAAAGGUUUUUUAAUAGAGCACAAAUCUAACACCCUAUACCUCAAAAAUAAAUGACCAUUCCGGUGUUUAAUUAAGCUUCGUAAAGGGGAAUCAAGAGCUGCUGCAGAGAUCUGUAGCGAAGGGUUUAAGCACUUUUAGUGAGCAUGAAGCCAAAUUGUUGCAGUUAAAAGACACUUCUUGAGAAAUGGCGAUUAAUCACCAUAUUUGUAGCUGUCUUGUUUGUAUUUAUGUGAACAAGACUUGUGUGUUUUUCACGGUUGUCCUGCUCAGGAAUUUGAUUUUUACAUCCAGAUAAUGACGGAAACUUUAAUAUAUGUGCACGUGUCCCCAUUGAUGUCAUCUGUAUUCUGUAAUAUAGGUAAUGUGGAACUUAAAAUGAUUGUUUUUAUUACCUUAUUUUUAUGCUUAUGCUUUUGCUUUCGAGGAAGGUGUGUAAUGAUUAACAAAUGUUACUCAGAGUUAAUAAAUACACAUUUUGAUGUUUUGAGA